AUUAUUCGUCCUCCUAACUCUUGUCUCCGUGUUCUUCAACUUUUCACAUAUGUCUCCCGCUUCACAAUUAAAGGAAGAACACAUAGCUAUAACAAUAAGACCCUACUACUCUCCAUUUCCGACAAGCCCUUUGAUGAAGAAGCCCGGAGCGCAAUGACCUACCUAAAGUAGCCAGUUCUCUGCCAAGUAGCGGUGAGUCUACCUGGAGAAAAAAUAGGACGUUUACCGCCUUAUCUACAAUAGCAAUACUGCAGGUUGCGUAAUGAUGUUUCCCGUGCCAAUGGGUCCUCCGCUUGUGAUAUCAAACGGGGAACUAUGUAGCGUUCUUCUCGUUGUUGUCUGGAGCUGAAGUGCCUUUUCGUUAUAGUUCUCAGAGGCUGGACGCGAGCAAUGGAACGCGGAUAUUUCGCCCUCAAUGCCACAUUCAACUUCCUUCUGUUGUGAUUCAGGAUCAUAAGGACACCUCCAGGUCAUUUUAUCAGCGGUGGCCUUUCUUCCCCCGGUGAUGGGACAUUGCACCCUUCCCAUCUACUGUCGGUACUUUACGUUCGGGGUGCAAAUGUCACCGUUUUGAAACACACACUGUUGCUUUGUUUUUGCUGACCCUCAUUGGCCUGGGCUGUACGGCCGUACCAUAAGACCCUGAGAAAAAUGCCCAAUAAGAGCGACUUAGGAGCGAAAGCCACCUUCCAUUCCGUAUACCCCCUUCGAAUUCGCCUCGGCCCUUUUGUGUGAACCGACAUGGUUUGAUGCUUCGUUUCAGCAGAUCUUCAGAUUCGACGUCGCGCCUUCAUUGGCAUUAUACCCUCAUUUUUUGAUCUCAUGUCUGGAAAGCUGCAGAUCAUACACUGCCGAAGUCACUACAGUGAACCUCUGCUCUUGAAGGCCGUUUUGCCGAUCUAUCACAGCAUCGCGUUCGGUGCGAUUCGUAAGCCCUUCUUUCUUUAUCUUUACUAUGGAAUAUCAUGCUGUUUUUCAUUCCGCUUUUAUCCGCGCUACCUAAAUUGACUUCUAUCUAUGAUCAUACGGGGCUGCCAUAAUGUGUUUGUAGCCAUUCGCAACUGCCCAAACAAAAAAAGUUAAUCCUUCGAACGCCCAUGCACACGAAUAUAUCAUGUUCGCUCCCCAGGAGGCUCUUACUUUACCCUCCAAAACUUCCCCACUCCCCAGUCAACGAGGGAUCUCAUCACGUCGCUGGGCCUGACAAAACUCCCUCACCUCAAAGCGCUGCGUUGUUCCGUCGCCGAGGUUGCUCUUCAUGCAAAAGCAGGGUGGCCUUAUAAUCGAUCCUUCUACGUCCAGGGACGCCUCGCGUCUACCAAUCCAGACUCCCGCUCCACACCUGUGCGCACUGCGCAUCAGUGCAUCGUUCCUUCGAUGUGUUGACGUUGUCCAUACGUUUUCACCGACGAUCAAGGAACUUUGCAUUAGCUGCCGUGCGCUAUCCUGCGCCACGGAAAUGCGAGAUGCAUUGCAACUGAUAGUUGAAUCCUGUCCCGGAUUGAACACCGUCUCUAUUGACAUCCUACAUGGUCUUCCCGAGCAAGCUGCCUGGGUAGACUGGUCACCGCUGCUGCGUUGCACCAACAUCCAACAAUUCUCGAUCACCUUCCCAGCCCCAAUAUCCAUGGCGGACCUUGGGAGUAAGCUGAGCAGCUGGCCCAAGAUCCGGGCUCUGAGCCUGAAUCCUCGUCCAGCUUGUCGGCAGUUUGGUCCCGAGGUUCCAGGGCCCGACUUCCUGAUUAACGUUGCCCAAGCAGCGCCAACGUUAUUGGAACUGCAUGUUAUGUUGGAUUUCCAUGAGAGAAUGGACCCACAUGAUAUUGCCGUCCUUCCGACUUGGGCUCCUUCGUUACGGGUAUUGGAUUUGGGCUAUUCUCAUGGACUGCACGAUGAACAUACGUUCCACGAUAUAAGGCAAUGCAUUAACAUUCUUUUCCCCGGUUGUUACUAUGAGGUGCAAGACUGUUCGCGCUGGGUUCAGCGUUUGUACGCAACUUGAUUAUGACGAGGGCGUCUUGUUCAACAGUAUUGCGAUCUUCAUUGACCUC